AUGGCACUGAUAGGACACGGCACAGCAGCAGUAGAGGGACUGAGCUGGAGUGCAGCAGACAACAGACGUCUUGCUUCUGCUGAUGCUGCUGGCAUCUGCUGCCUGUGGGACCUCAGCAGCAGCAGCAGCAGCAGCAGCAGCAGCAAUAGCAGCAGCAGCAGCGUUGGGGCCGGCACAGUGUCUCUCUUCGACACGCGCUGUCUCCGUUGUCCUCUCCUCUCUCUCUCUGCUGCUGCUCCUGCUGCUGCUGCUGCUGCUGCUGCUGCUGCUGCUGCUGGGGAGACACCGCAGCCCAGUGUCUCCAUCAGCUCUGUCCGCUUCCACCCUGAGUUUGGCUUUCUCUUGGGGGCUGCUGCUGACGACGGCACUGUCGCUCUGUGGGACCUUGUGGCUGCCAGUGCACAGCAGCAGCAGCAGCAGCAGCAGCAGCAGCAGCAGCAGCAGCAGCAGCAGCAAGUAGAGGAGAUGCAGGCUGAUGGAGUUACAGAGGCCCCCACCAAGAGGGGCCCCAAGGGGCCCCCAGGCCUCUUGUUUGUGCAUGCAGGGCACUCAGCCCCGAUAACAGAUUUCUGCUGGCGCACAGCGCAGGUCCCUCCCCCCUACAGCAGCAGCAGCAGCAGCAGCAGCAGCAGCAGCAGCAGCAGCAGCGGGGGGCUCAGUGUACACCACCUGAGACAGUCCCUCAUGGGGGCAAGUGUCUCCUUCGAUAACAAAGUGCAGCUCUGGCAGCCAUCAGAGCUGUUGUUCUUUCCGGCUCAGUGA